ACAAAUCAAUAGAUUCAAGGUUUUCACAAAAAAGUUUCUAUAAAUACAAAAACAAGUCGUGGGUUAGGAAUAGUUGUCUCUCGAGAAGUACACAAUUGUCUGAAACCAUGAGAUUCUUAGCAGUCUUUGCGCUCAUUGGCAGCCUCUAUGGCCUCAACGCCUACGAAACCGUGAAACUAAACACCGGGUAUGAGAUGCCAAUCCUGGGGUUGGGCACCUGGCAGGCACAUGGAGCUGAGGUCAAACAGGCUGUUAUUGAUGCCAUUAAGAUCGGUUACAGACAUAUCGACACCGCUUCCGAUUACGGCAAUGAGGUAGAGGUGGGUCAGGCCAUCGCCGAGUCUAUUAAGGCCGGUGUCAUCAAAAGGGAAGACCUGUUCGUGACGACCAAAGUGUGGCCCCAGGGCUCCGACCGUAAGAAGUCGUUAGCUGAGGUGCACCAGUCGCUCACCAAACUGAACCUGACAUACCUGGACCUGGUUCUCGUGCACUUCCCUCAGGGAGACUUUGUGGACGUGUAUAAGGGCUUAGAGGACGCCUACAACGAAAAGGUGGUCCGAUCUAUCGGUAUCUCCAACUUCAACGAGAAAGACACCGACAAAUUGGUGGCCGCGGCGACUGUCAAACCGGCCAACAAUCAGAUCGUAUGCAACCCGAGGGCCGCACAGACCGGGUAUGUGGACUACUCGCACACCCAUAACAUUACAGUCACCGCAUACUCACCCCUCGGCACCGGUACUCUCGUGAAAGACCCUAAAUUGGUUGCCAUCGGACAGAAACACAACAAGAAUGCCGCUCAGGUGAUGAUCAGAUGGCAGAUCCAGAGGGGAGUGAUUGUGAUCCCCAAGAGUGUGAAGCAACAGUACAUUAAGGAAGACUUCGAGGUCUUUGACUUCACUCUAACCGCUGAUGAGAUGAAACAAAUCCCGUAUUAAAUGAUAUUUGUUUGAAAUACUUGAUUGUAUUUUGUAACAUUUAUAUUUGUAAACAUAUAUUUUAUAUUUAAAUACAAUAUUAAUAAAAAUAAUUUACAUU